UAUUUUGUCAAUAGCGAGAAAAAGGGGAAAGAUCAUAAAUAAAAAAUCAGUCUUCUCCCUUUCUCCUCUCCUGAGAUUCAUUGUUGACCUGAUUAAACCCUAAUUCUCUGCUUCGGAAACCAUCCUCAUCGUCUAAGCAUUGUCCUUCUAAGGCAGCUUAUUGAGGGUUUCUGUUGGUAAUGGAGAUUUCUGCACGAAUCGUUGUUUGAAUGUAUAUGAUUCAUCGAUUGGAUCCCAACCUUUAGUCUGCAUUUUUCAAUUGCUAAUUAGUUAUUUCCUAUGCUUGGUUUGAGGUUUGAACAGGUUUAAGGCAACAAUGAAUAGCCAGCCUCUAUCCAAUGGAUAUCCAUACAGAAGAGUUGAACUCGAAGCAGGAGGGAUUAAUAAGGCUCAGCCGAUGAAGCAACACACCCUGAAAAAGAAUGGUGGGAAAGCUGGAAGUGUGGAUAUCUCUUCUCGUGAUCCGUUUGAGUAUCUCGCAGCUUGUCAUAUCGGACAUCAUGUUGAAGUUCAUCUAAAAGAUGGGUCGGUUUACGGUGGCGUUUUUCAUGCUGCUGAUGUGGAGAACAGUUUUGGAAUUGUUCUGAAAAUGGCCUCUUUGAUCAGGGAAGGUAGUUUACCGGGAAUGAAAGCCUCUUCUUCGCUUGUCAGCAAGCCACCUUCAAAGAUACUCAUUAUCCCUGCCGAUGAAGUUGUGCAAGUUAUAGCAAAGGACCUUCCUGUAUACAGCAAUAACGCCUCAAAUUCAGCUCAGUGCGAGAGACCUUUAGAGCUGUUGACAGACUCUUCUAUAUCACAGUCUACUCAUGUUGAUUUGGGAAGAGAGCUUGAACGUUGGGUACCUGAUGAAGAUGUUCCAGAUUGUUCAGAUCUGGAGAAUGUGUUUGAUGACUCUUGGAAGAGGGGCUGGAAUCAGUUUGAGGUCAAUAAGACAUUGUUUGGCGUAACAAGCACUUUUGACGAGGAACUGUAUACCACAAAACUCGAGAGAGGUCCUCGGACGAGGGAGCUAGAAGAGCAAGCCUUGAGGAUUGCAAGAGAGAUCGAGGGUGAGAAUACCCGAGACCUUCACGUAGCAGAGGAAAGAGGGAUUCAGCUUAGCGGAAAGUUUGAUAUUGACGAGGAAACUAAAUACUCAUCGGUCUGUCCGGUUAAUGGAUUUGAUGAUUCGGGUUAUGAAGAAGAUGAAGAAGAAGAAAUUUUGUUGAAUUGCCGUAAUAAUUUGACUUUUGGUGAUUCAACUUCUUCUGAUGGAAUGAAAUCUGCUUCAACUGGCAAUGGCAAGGUCUAUGAAGAAUCAUGGGGGGGUGGCAGUCUAUCUAGCGUAGGUCAGAGCUGCUCGAACUCAAAUAUGCAUGCUCGGCAGCCUAUAUUCGAACAGCCAUCAAAAGUUACUCGUGCUCCGGGAAACAAUAACAGGAAUGAGAGCCAGUUUGGUGAGCAGAGAAACAUCAAAAGUGUAGAGGCUACCCAUUAUAGAAAGCCGUCCAUGGAAUCAGUGUCUGGUCUUGAAGAUAUUAAUGAAGAUGCAGCAACCUCUGAUCCAUGGAGAGCUUCUGAUAGGCAAAAUUCCACUGAUGGAAAACUACUCGGUCGACUUUCUGACAGAGCGAAACCUGAGAGCUCUUGUUGGCGGCCUGGAAGCUCCAUUUCUAGAAAUCCAGAAAACUCUGCAACUUCCUCACCCACAAGUCGUCCAAUGCUCUCACCAAGCUCUUCAAUUGGUUCUUAUUCUUCUGAAAAAUCCACCCUCAACCCAAAUGCCAAGGAAUUUAAGCCAAACCCCAACGCAAAGAGUUUCAAACCAUCUCCAACAGCUACACGGCCUCAGUCUCCAGUUCCUGAAGGAUCUUUCUAUUACCCUCCCCUUCCGCCGAUGCCUGGAAUACACAUUGUAUACGGAAUGGGAGCAGCAUUCCCUGGACAACAUCCAGUGAUGUAUAACAAUACACCCCAGCAGCUUGGUCCAAAUCAAACUUACUAUUCUCCAAAUAGUCCACAGUACCCACAACAGAUGAUGGUUGGUCAGCAGAGACCGGCUUUGUUUAUGCCGCCGUCGCCAUACCAACCGGAGAUGCAAUAUAAAGGAAGAGACUCUUAUUAGCUUUUGACCAAACAAUGGAUGGUGGUCCAUGAGAGAAGAAUUGAACACAUGUGAUAUUGAUUUGUUUGCUUAUGUUUGAUUAGACAAGAUUUAGAUUUAGAUUCGUGCUGAUCUCACUUUUUUCUUCACUCUUUUCUCUGUUUAAACUUUAAGUCUUUAGUUGUAUGACAUUCUAUGUUCGAGUCUUUCUAUAUUGAAAAGAAAAAUAUUAGGUAGGCAAA